UACCUUCCACUCACUACACACACUUGCAGAGAUUAGCGCGCAGGCAGCGGUAAUCUGGUUUCAGGACCACGGCCAGAGACUCCGGUUGGCCACGAAUCCUGUCGAAAGUUGCCUCCAUCGCGCCGUGCACCUUUGGAGGCACCAAAAAGUGUGAAGAAGUUCGUUUGGAGGACUUUGGCAAAGUGGGACUGACAAUGUUUGCUCGGCUGAUUUUUUAUAAAGGCAGUUGAAACAGAUUAAAUCUCAGUGUCGCUGACAAGAGAUUCCGUUACACAAGAAAUUACAGGUUAAGGAGUCAAUUAGGUAAAAUCAAGGUGUUUUUUUUUAAUGUGUGAGUGAGAAACACGGGGCGGAGGGAGUAGAGGAGAAGGCUGUGCGCUCAAUCGGGAGCGCGCAAAGACUGCACAUUGGUCGGAUCCUGGAGUCGUGAGGAUGGAGAUCCGGCCGGACAGGUUUAAGGUCGUGGCAGCCAAGACUCUCGGGAAAAUAUACGGAGCUCUUGAGAAAAAGCAGGAAAAUGGUGAAACCAUUGAGCUGUCGGCAGAGGGCCGGCCGGAGCUGGUGGAGGAGAAGGAGAUGCCCGUGGUGGACUGCACGUGCUUCGGUCUGCCCAGGCGCUACAUCAUCGCCAUCCUCUCUGGCAUCGGCUUCUGCAUCUCCUUUGGUAUCCGAUGUAACUUGGGCGUGGCCAUUGUCAGCAUGGUCAACAGCCACACCAUCUUCAGAGACAACAAGGAGGUCAUAGUGAAAGCUCAGUUUGACUGGGAUCCAGAAACAGUGGGAAUGAUCCACGGGUCCUUCUUCUGGGGAUACAUUGUAACCCAAAUCCCAGGAGGGUUUAUCUGUCAGAAGUUUGCAGCAAACAGAGUGUUUGGCUUUGCUAUAGUGGCCACGUCUUGCCUGAAUAUGCUCAUCCCCUCAGCAGCACGGAUACACUUUGGCUGUGUAAUCAUUGUCAGGAUAUUUCAAGGACUUGUGGAGGGGGUUUCAUAUCCAGCCUGUCAUGGUAUUUGGGCAAAAUGGGCGCCACCUCUUGAAAGAAGUCGCUUGGCCACGACAGCCUUUUGUGGUUCUUAUGCUGGUGCUGUGAUUGCCAUGCCAUUAGCUGGAAUCCUAGUCCAGUACUCAGGAUGGUCAUCAGUUUUCUACGUCUACGGAAGUUUUGGGAUCAUGUGGUAUUGCUUCUGGAUCCUGGUGUCCUAUGAAAGUCCAGCAGCUCAUCCCACCAUCACUGAGGAGGAGCAGAAAUAUAUUGAGGAAAGCAUUGGCGAGUCGGCCCAACAUACAGUAACGAAAUUCAACACACCGUGGAGGUCCUUCUUCACGUCCAUGCCAGUGUACGCCAUCAUCGUGGCUAAUUUCUGCAGAAGCUGGACUUUCUAUUUGCUUCUCAUCAGCCAGCCUGCAUACUUCGAGGAGGUGUUUGGUUUCGAGAUUAGCAAGGUGGGCAUAGUUUCUGCACUUCCCCACCUCGUCAUGACCAUCAUCGUGCCCAUAGGCGGCCAGAUUGCUGACUAUCUGCGCUCCAAUCAAAUCAUGACCACUACUAAUGUCAGGAAACUUAUGAACUGUGGAGGGUUUGGGAUGGAGGCAACCCUGCUGCUAGUGGUGGGAUUCUCGCAUACAAAAGGUGUUGCCAUUACAUUCCUGGUCCUGGCUGUGGGGUUCUCUGGCUUUGCCAUUUCAGGUUUCAAUGUCAACCACCUGGACAUUGCACCGCGCUAUGCUAGUAUCCUCAUGGGUAUCUCCAAUGGUGUGGGCACUUUGUCUGGUAUGGUUUGCCCACUUAUAGUUGGUGCCAUGACGAAGCAUAAGACACGGGAAGAGUGGCAAGGGGUGUUUCUUAUCGCCUCGCUUGUUCAUUAUGGAGGUGUUAUAUUUUAUGGCAUCUUUGCAUCUGGAGAAAAGCAAGCUUGGGCAGAGCCGGAGCAGCUGAGUGAUGAAAAAUGUGGCAUCCUGGAUGAGGAUGAGCUUGCAAACGAGACGGAGGAGCUGUAUCGCACAAGUGGCGGGGCAGGCUACGGAGCCAUGAACCAGGGAACGGAUCCCAAUGGAGCUGGAGGCAUGGGAGGAGGAGGCUGGGUCUCAGAUUGGGACAAAACUGAGGAGUAUGUCCAACCAGCCGGAACCAAUAAUUACCUGUAUGGAGGAGAGGGGGACCGAGAGUUAACAUAAAACCAGCAGAUCUUCUGCACAUAGCCUUUACUGAGGCAGAAACAUUACAUCAACAGCGUGAAGUUUCACCCCAUGGCAUGAAGAACUUUGAAAGUGUGGAUUUAAAAUCGAAUGCGGGAGGGGACCACUUUCAGCAAGUCUGACUGUAUUAUCACUACUGAACUGAUUUCAAAGAGACUCCUCAGUGGAGGUGAUGACAUUAGUAAAAUGUGUAAAAUGUGUAUUUGUGUGUGCAAUUGUGUACCUUGUCUGACAGACAAUCUAAGUAAGAGUGUUUUAGGCCUGGUGUGGCUUUUGUUGAUGUUUAUUCACUGUAAUAAUUGUAGAAAUUUAUAUAUUAUCUGACAGUAUUUCAUUUGUAUGCCUCUCACUUAUAUUUGAAUCAUUACAAAUCUUUAGGCACACACUGGUCAAAUGCGCACCCCUGUUGCUGCGUGAAAACCUGUUGAGUUUGAUGAAUUGGUUUUUAAAAAGUUUCCACUUAAGUUAAAAAGGAGAAUCACCAAAACCGGACCUACAAGGUUUUCACAAUGUUAUAAAAGCUUUUUUUCCUCUCUAAAAGUAAUGUUAAGUUUUGUCCUUAAUGUGCACACUUUAAAGAAAAAGCCUGUUACUUGUGCCAAUACAACAAAAUAUUUUGCUUUGUAGUAUUGGUUUAUUCAUCCACAAAGAAAAUAAUUGAACACCUGCACAUAUUACUGUACACAGCUUUCUGUGAAGUCUAAAUAGCCCAUGCUCAUAUUUUUAGAUGCAGCAUUUUGAUUCCCGUGUGCAGAAAUGUUUUAUGUACUAGGCCUCGAACCUGUCUGCCUGCCGAUAAACCGGGGAAUAACAAUGCCUCAUAUAGGACGGGAAGGAAUGUAAUAUGCAGGGUAGUUCAGAGACACUUUUGUCAGGUCACUUUGAGAGUGUUUUCUUCAAAAUCAAAUAUCAUAAUUUUGGUAAAUAUGCUUUUCUUGUAAUAUAUGCUUCAUUGAUGUUAUUCUGUUAUGUUAGUGUUGUGUUCAGGCAUUUCAUGCUCAUCCGGACAAGCACUUUGCUGUCAGUAUACAACCUAAGACCCCCCACACAUGCCAGUCUCUGCUGUUUGUCGCAAUGUCAAGGCACAAAAAACACACAGCCAAGACUGUAGUGUGGUGCCAGUUAUGUAACAUAUGACAAAAUUAAAAACUGUGCAAAUAAAAUGAGAAUGUUAGUCCCAUGGAGCCACCAUGUAGAUCUGAGUCAAUCUCAGUAACAGGUGAACUUGCUUUAUUUAUUAGUGCUGCAAGCUUAUGCUAUAAUCAGUAAAUAAAAGACCAGUUAAAAGGCUGAUAAUGGACAACAAAACAAUGACACUUCACUGUACAUGAGCAAUUUGUUUUACAUUUGUUAGUAGAUAUUUUAAUGUAUCUAGCAAGCUCCAAAAUGAAGGUUUAAGAUAGAAAAAUAUCAAUUUUAGAUCAUGGAGUUCUCCAAUAGACUAAUUAUUAAAUUUUAGGGUUUUUACUAUUUUUGUCAUUUUUCAUUCAUUUCUUGUUAAAUGUUUUGUUCUGUAUUGUAAACUACAACUGUAUCUGUAAAAAUCAUGUACAUGUGGAAUUUAUUGUAUAAUAAAACCUAGAGGUGAUAAUUCCUUUACAAUAA